GGGGGAGGGGGUGCGAUGCAGGCCGGCGGGGGUUGGUUCGUGCCAUGGACGAUGGGGGUGCAGAAGUUCGCCGUGGCCUUACCAAUGGGAGGAGUGGUGCCGUUUGUUCCGCCGCUCCUGGCCGCAUUGCCGCCCGCACCACCACCAUUGAGACUUAUUGCUCCACCCCCGCUGCCGCAUCAGGCUCAACCUGGGAGAAAGGGAGAAAAAGACAACGGCAAAAGCUGUAUACUUUCCUGCGAGAAAAGGAAGGCGGAUGAUACCGAUAUUAACAAGGACUUGAAGAAGGCGAAGUUAGAAACAAAGGCGCUGAAGGCGAAGAGGCCUGGUUUCACAGACGACAGAUAUAACGAAACUUCGUAUUAUAUUGAGAAUGGCCUCAGAAAAGUAUACCCCUACUACUUCACAUUCACCACCUUCACAAAAGGGCGGUGGGUUGGUGAACGCAUCCUCGACGUGUUCGCCAGAGAGUUCAGGGCUCAUCCUGCCGCAGAAUACGAAAGAUGCAUCAGAGCUGGGACCCUGACAGUGAACUAUGAAAGAGUAGACCCUGACUACAGGCUAAAACAUAACGACCUCCUUGCGAACGUAGUCCAUAGGCACGAGACGCCAGUGCUCGCUAGUCCCUUGCGCAUCAUACACGUGGAUGAGGAGCUUCUCGUGCUAGACAAGCCUUGCUCGCUACCGGUUCACCCGUGCGGUAGAUACCGUCACAACACGGUCGUUUUCAUCCUGGCUAAGGAGUACAAUUUGAAAAACUUGAGGACCAUCCACCGGCUUGACAGGCUAACGUCAGGACUACUGCUGUUCGGUCGGAGUCCGAAGAAGGCAAGACAAAUGGAACAUCAGAUCAGGAACAGACAAGUGCAGAAGGAAUACGUAUGCAGAGUCGAUGGGGCGUUCCCUGAGGAAGAAAUUGAGUGCACCGAACCGAUAGAAGUGGUCAGCUACAAAAUCGGAGUCUGCAAAGUUUCCCCCAAGGGUAAAGACUGUUCAACGGUGUUCAAAAGCCUGGGGUAUAACUCUACGAACAACACUAGUGUUGUCCUUUGCAAGCCGAAAACGGGGAGAAUGCACCAAAUUCGAGUGCAUUUGCAGUAUUUGGGUUAUCCUGUGGUAAACGAUCCCCUCUACAAUCACCCAGUCUUUGGACCUCUCCGUGGCAAAGGAGGUGAUAUGGGAGGCAAGACCGACGAACAAUUGGUUCGGGAUCUCAUCGCGAUACACAAUGCUGAAAACUGGCUCGGCGUUGACGCUGCUGAUGACGAUAUGUUGUUUUCUAAACCUGCGGCUGAUGAUAAAGUUGGUGAAGACGACUGCGACACUGGUCCAGCGUCAAGAGAAUCGUCACCAAGACUGGAAUCCCCUGCUCCAGGCGUGACUCCUUCAACUGUCAUGACACCGACUUUACCAAGUCCCUCAAGUGGAGCAGAAGCCCCAGAAGCAUCAUCGCCCGCUCCUUGCACCCUGGCACCCUCACCAGCUGUGUCUCCUUUGCUUAGCGAGGAUUCUAAUGAUGCUAAGUCAGACAAAGUGACAGUGGCAACGCAAACAGGCUGUGCGCCUACUGCAAUAAGUACAGCGAACGCUUCAUCGAGCAGUUCUACAGAUGCAAUUUCCUCCGACCCGCACUGCUAUGAGUGCCGCGUGCGGUACCGGGACCCGCGGCCGCGCGAUUUGAUCAUGUAUUUGCACGCUUGGAAGUAUAAGGGUCCUGGAUGGGAAUAUGAAACCGAACUCCCUCAAUGGGCGAGUGUGCACUGGGAAGAGCCCGAGAGCUCAUAGUCAUUAACACCAUUGCGCCGGCGCCUCGCGACCAUACACGUCACUUUUAAACACAAGUGAUACAUGACAAUCAUAUUGACGUUGUUGUUUAUUAUAGACUUAAUGAUAGUAAUGUUAAUGAUGGCAUUGAAGUGAUAAAUGAUGAUUUUAAACUCAAUAUUGAAGCAAAACAUUAUGUAUAACCUGUUAAUGUUACACAGAGAAUAAUUGCUUCAGUAUUGUAUGAUAAUAUUAUUCGCGAGGCGUCAAAAGUUGAAAUGGAAAAUUUUUACUAGGCUGUUGACGAUACAGUGCUCUGAGGUAAGUUUUAUAAAAUUUAAAAUAAGUGACAAUUAGCGUAAGGUUAGAUUUUGUGCAUUAAUGCUGCUUAUCUUAUUUUAAGUUCUUAAUUAUUCAGCUGCCUUUAGAGCACUCGUGUUUGCGUGUUUGAUUUCGACCCUUCAGUAUUUUUUAGUAAUUCUGUUUUCAGUUCCUAUAUUGGCCUAGUAUUUGUCGGCUUGUUGUAGUCUAGUAUAAGGGGUGUAACAAUUUGUAAUAAUAUCGGUACCAUUAAUAUAGUUAUAUCGCUUUAACGAGGCAGGGUCAGAUCCACAAUCAUAAAUGAAUAUAUGAUAAAUAAAUCCUUUUUAAACACGUAAUGGGAUAGCUCUUCUACAGAUACAUAUAUCACAAAAAUAAGAAAGAAACGAGUAAAAAUUUCACCAACAAUUAAGGGCAACAUUGGUUCCUCAAGGUUUUCCUUAUUUUUUCGAUCAUUUGAUAUCUUUUUUAAUAUGUUUACAAUCACUUCUUAAGUUAUGUUUUUGUAUUUUUCGUGCACGUUAAUAAUAAUUGGUGAAAUUUUAGAAAUUUCAAUCAAGUUUUGGACCACUGCUAUAUUUUCUUAUAGUCUUAA